UAGACAAAGCUUUUCUGUCUCACCAAGUCACAUUCUCACUCCCUCACUGUGUCUGCAGAUCUGAAACCACAGACACCCCAACAAACAACGAUCUACUCAAAGAGCUUCACACUCUGCACAUCUUGCACCCUCACUCGCUUCUUCUUGUUCUCAAGAACAAGAUCAACUUGCUUCCACUGGAUUGUGCAUUGUCAUUGUGAAUAUUAGGCUAGUUUGUGUGAGAAGUGAGAACUUCAAUGGCGGUGACAGAUGCUGAGAAUCCUCUUCUGGGAGAAAACACCUGUGGUUCUUUGUUGAAUAAGCUGCAGGAAAUAUGGGAUGAGGUUGGUGAGAGUGAUGCGGAGCGAGACAAGUUGCUUCUUCAGAUAGACCAGGAAUGCUUGGAUGUGUACAAGAGAAAGGUUGAGGAGGCUGCAAAAUCAAGGGCACAGCUACUUCAAGUCUUGUCUGAUGCUAAGCUUGAGCUUUCUAGUCUUCUAUCAGCUCUUGGUGAUAAGAGCUUCGCUGAAAUUCCUGAAAAUACUUCUGGAACUAUCAAGGAACAGCUUGCAGCUAUAGCACCAAUACUGGAACAGUUGUGGCAACAAAAGGAGGAAAGAAUAAAGGAGUUUUCAGAUGUUCAGUCACAAAUCCAAAAAAUAUGUGGAGAGAUAACUGCGGAUUUGAACCCUGAUCAGACAGGACCAUUUGUAGUUGAUGAGUCUGACCUGUCACUGAAGAAGUUGGAUGAGUAUCACUCCCAACUCCAAGAACUUCAAAAGGAAAAGAGUGAGAGGUUGCACAAGGUUCUUGAAUUUGUGAGCACGGUGCAUGAUCUUUGUGCUGUUCUUGGUAUGGACUUUUUCAGUAUUAUGACUGAGGUUCAUCCAAGCUUAAAUGAUUCUACUGAUGUUCAUUCCAAAAGCAUAAGCAAUGGCACCCUAGCUAGGUUGGCUAAGACAGUCUCAACACUCAAAGAAGAUAAAAAGCAGAGGUUGUACAAGCUGCAAGGGUUAGCUUCACAGCUAAUUGAUCUGUGGAAUCUAAUGGAUACCCCUGAAGAAGAAAGGAGGCUAUUUGACCAUGUCACCUGCAAUAUUUCAGCUUCUGUAGAUGAAGUUUCUAUUCCUGGGGCACUUGCUCUGGAUCUGAUUGAGCAGGCUGAAGUAGAAGUUGAAAGGCUUGAUCAGCUGAAAGCCAGCAGGAUGAAAGAGAUUGCUUUCAAAAAGCAAACCGAACUUGAAGAAAUAUUUGCCCAUGCUCAUAUGGAAAUAGACCCAGAAGCUGCUCGAGAGAAGAUUUUAUCACAGAUUGAUUCUGGAAAAUUUGAACCAGCUGAAUUACUGGCGGAUAUGGACAAACAGAUAGCAAAUGCAAAAGAAGAAGCUUUAAGCCGGAAGGAAAUAUUGGACAAAGUUGAGAAAUGGAUGUCAGCAUGUGAAGAAGAGAGUUGGCUUGAAGACUAUAAUCGGGAUGAAAACAGGUAUAAUGCAAGUAGAGGUGCACACUUGAACCUCAAACGUGCAGAGAAAGCUCGGAUACUGGUCAACAAAAUUCCAGCUAUGGUUGAUACGCUGGUUGCCAAAACUCGAGCUUGGGAAGAAGUACAUGGCGUGUCAUUUACAUAUGAUGGUGUUCCUCUUCUUGCCAUGUUAGAUGAAUAUGCCAUACUGAGGCAGGAGCGGGAAGAGGAAAAACGAAGGAUGAAGGACCAGAAAAAGUAUUCUGAGCAGCCACAGAACACUGAACAGGAAUCUUCCUUGGGUUCAAGACCUAGCCCUGUGCGGCCACUUGGCAACAAGAAGGUACUUGGCCCUCGUCCUACUGGAGGAGCAAACGGUACUCCUAACCGACGACUAUCUCUUAAUGCUCAUCAGAAUGGAAGCAGGUCCACCGUGAAAGAUGGAAAAAGGGAUAAUAACACUAGACACUCCAUGUCUAAAGAAGAUGCUGCUUCCCAUGUUUCUGGUACUGAACCAGUCCCAACAUCACCUUAGUGAUAUCUGUACUGUCAACCCUACUAUGACAUCUUUGUAGCAUUGUCAUAUUACUAGUUGCUGCUGUAGGAAUAGAAUCUGCUAGUGACAGGUAAACUGGAGAGUUGCUAUUAUGAGAUGGGUAUGUUAUAUCAUAUUUGUGCCAUUUAGAGAUUUUCUCAAUACAUGUUGCUUGAUCCUUUUAAGAACUUAUGUAUAAUGAGGAUUAGAUGCACGAUGGUAGUCUUGCCUUUUGAAUCAUAAAGCUCCCGAGUCCUAUCUCCUUGGCUUAUUUCA